UCUCGAGUUGUCACACGAUAAAGUCGCGCUGGAUCCGUAUGCUCGCAGACGGUCGCUGUGCGUUGUACAUUGUUGACGCUCUCUUUAUUAUGAGUCCAUCGCGAUCGCGAUCAUGACCGAGCACAAGGAUGGAGUGCACCUGGACCCGAUCCUGGCGGAGCUGGGCCAGUUCGGCCGGUACCAGAUGUUCACCUACUGCUUCAUAAUAUUCCCCAUACUGUUCAGUGCUGUGUACAACGGACAGUAUAUAUUUGCAGCCGCCGAUCUUAAAUACAGAUGCGAGGUACCACAAUGCGAGUCGUCCUCCCCGGAGUACGCGGCCGGCGGCUGGACCGCGUGGGCGUACCCGGAGUCAGGGGGCCGCUGCGAGCGGCUGCGGUCCCUCGGCGACACGUGCACGGUUGGCGCCUUCCACGUGAACGAGACCGAGAGGUGCACCUCCUGGGUUUACGAGAACAAUAACACAAUUGUUCAAGAGUUCGACCUGGCGUGCGAGGAGUGGAAGCGUACCCUGGUGGGUACCAUACAUAGCGUGGGACUGUUCGCCGCAUUGCCGCUCACAUCAUUUGUAUCAGAUACUUUCGGCCGACGGACGGCCUUCAUCUUGACGGCGGUAAGUGCGGGUGUGAUGGGUCUGAUACGAUCAUUCUCCGUCAACUACGUCAUGUACCUCGUGUUCGAAUUCCUCGACGCCACGCUCGGCUCUGGUGUCUACAGUACUGGCUUUAUCCUCGCUUUAGAAAUGGUGGGCCUAAACCGACGAGUUCUUGGCGGCAACUUAAUAUCGUGCACAUUUGCAACGGGACAAGUGGUCCUAGCGCUGGUAGCGUGGGCCGUCCCCGAUUGGCGGACACUCACAAGAGUGUUGUACGCGCCCUCGCUUCUCUUCGUCUUCUAUUACUUCGUAAUAGAAGAAAGUGUACGAUGGCUGCUCAGCAAAAACAAGAAGGCAGAAGCUGCACGAAUAAUAUUUAAAGCAGCUAAUAUAAACAAGAAGAAAUUGUCUCCCGAAUCAGUGAAACAGUUGACACAAGAGCCACAAGAAGUGGUGAAACAACCAAAGACAGGAAUAAAUCGUGAAGCUGACGAAAAUAAGAAGCCUUCGCUCUUUAUAGCUGUUGUAAAAUCUAAAAUAUUAAUGUCUCGGCUGUGCAUAUGCUCAUUUUGGUGGAUAACAGUAACGUUCAUCUAUUACGGUCUAUCAAUAAAUUCGGUGGCGUUAGCUGGGAAUAGUUACGUGAACUACAUCCUCACAUCGUUGGUGGAAAUCCCGGGAUACUUCAUCAGUGUGAUGACGCUAGACCGCUUUGGGAGGAAAGGCUCGAUUAUGACCGCAUUCAUCAUUUGCGGUAUUGCCUUAGUCUCUCUACCGUUCAUACCAAGCACGCUGCAAUGGCUGCUGACGUCGCUGACGAUGCUGGGCAAGCUCUGCAUCAGUAUGGCGUUCAGCAGCAUCUAUAUUUACACCUCCGAGCUGUUCCCGACUACCGCCAGGCACAGCUUGCUCGGGGUCUGCUCUAUGUUCGGUAGAAUAGGCUCCAUUGCUGCCCCACAAACACCACUUCUGAUGCGGUACAUGCGGUCCCUCCCGUACCUGGUGUUCGGUGCGAUGGCUGGCUGCGCGGGCGCGCUGAUGCUGCUCACGCCGGAGACGCUGCACAUGCGUCUGCCGGACACCGUCGAGCAGGCCGAGAACAUCAUCGCAGCGCCGCGCACCAAGCACCCCACCGACAUUAUAGUUGACUAGUCAGCGUAACGUCCGCUGCUCACCUGGUAGCUUCGUAGACAAACUAUAUGUGGCAUUCUUCAAAUAAAAGGGUAUUAAGGUUUCUUCAACUUCGGUUACUAAACUUAAACUAAGGGUUCUUCAAGUUUUGGCAACGUACACGUGAUUCUCUUGGUGUUGCAGGCGUUCAAUGAACGUCCAUCAGGCUGUACGCUUGUUGUUUACCUUUGUGGUAUAAUAAACAAAUAAUAAUUAAUGAAAAUUGAAUGGAAUAAAGUAUUUGUCUAUACCGGCGGGAUAUGAGCGAGGUAUAAUAGCUGAAGUGAUGAAUUUAUCGAGACAAUUUCCAUGAAAAGGGAGGGAAGGAGAGGGUCAAUCUCUCUCUGUCUUCGUCCUCUUCAUUACUGAAGGUCGUGUCCUUGAAAGGUGUCUGUUUCCUCUCUUAUGAUGUUAUUCCAUUUUGCACGGUCUUCAGCUUCUCGCAGGUCAGCUGCAAUUGACAGGAUCAGUAUAACAGAGGGUCAAUAUAACGGGGUAUUAUUUUUAGAAAAGGACUUACUGGUCACUACUAACUAAAGCCUGCCCUAUAUCUAUAUGAACAUAUCACUGGUAAGUCCCGAUAUUUAAAAUUGACAUAAUAUAAUUAAUAUAAUCUUUUUUCUUUUAAUAAAAGUAUACUAUGUUCAUGAGGGCAGACAAACAGCAAUCACACGUUUACGCUACCACAGGCAUGAGAUUUUUUUAUGCGACUUAGCAAACAAGCUGACGCCCACCUGAUUUUUCAUCAGGUAGUUACUGUCGCCUAUAGACAUGAGCAUUACCAUGGACAUAACAGAGUAUACUGUUUCGCCUAUGAUACCAUCUCCCAUGCGUUGCCAUUCCUGAGGAUUAAGGUGUUAUUCCUCUGUACCUUGUAAAUUCACGCCAUAUCCCACCCUUCAGACCGAAACACAGCCAUGUAAACACAACUGCUUCACGGCAGAAACACGAAUGGGACAGAGGUACCCAAGCAAAUGACUUUUGUACAAAGUCUCCCUCUCGUAUCAUGAGAUUAAAUGAGAAACUUCAGAUAUUUUGCAUAACGUAUGAUAGUGAAAACAUGUCUAAAAAGAUAGUUUAGCACUUGUCUAGCCUGAUGCUAAUUUGGUUUAUUAUUUAGCCAGGACAUUUGGCCUUUCAUCGUGAUAUUAUAGCAUAAUAUAGCCACAUGGAGUAUAAUUAGCUUCUAGGAUUUAGGGAAAUGUUAUUUCCUAAGACAAUAAAUAUUUAAUAAUUUAUGUAUAAAUAAAAGGUAAUGUAAAUAAUAAUGUAAAAUACAUUAUGAGUGACUUGUGAUCAAACGAAUUAUUAUUUAUUAUUAUGAACAAUAAAAUAAUAAAUGUAAAAGUAUAAUAAAACUAGAAUAUUUAUUACUUUAAAUAUAUUUUAAUGAUUUUAUUACCCGUUAUAAUUAUCAAGCGACGAUGUUCAUAUUCGUUUAUAUUCCAAUGAUAAAUUGGCUAUCCAUAUCGGUACAAAAACUUCAAUAUUAUUGUUAAUUGUUUAUUUAUUAAUAAAUAUUAUAAUAAACAUUAUUUACCUUUUUAAUUUUAAGUCUGUGUAAAUAUUUUUUUUUUUAGAAUUUUAACGUAUAAAAUUUAUAUUUUUUUUUUAAAAUAACAAAAUAUAAAUUCGUGUUUGUGAAAGUAAACAAAACAAAAAUGUUUUAUAAGAGAGAAAACAAAUGUGUGUAAAUCUUGUAUCUAGUGAUAAAUUUCAAUUUAGUACAAUAAUAACCCUUUAACUGGUAGAAGCAAUUUUGUGUCUCGGAAAAUUAAAAACUCGUUUUUUGGGUUUAUUGUGGGUACUUUAAUAACUUUUAUUAAAGAAAAAAAUAUUCAUAUUUAGUGGAAGAAAAAAACAUGGUGGCAAUAUCCUUGCCAACACCAGUAUGGUAUUGGUGCUACAAAGUGGAAAAAAUCAUAAAAAUGUUAGUGGCACACAUAUUGCGACCACCAGUAAAAGGGAUAAAUUUCCAUAAUAUUCUUAAAUCAUUAAUUAAAAUAUAGUUUACUCAAAAUGGCUGUUAAAUUUAUAAUAAAAUAGCAAGUACCUAAUUGUUUUUAUUGAAUUGAAUUUUAGAAAUUUUAGAAUUCGUAUAAAAAAUUUAGAAGUUAAUACGAAUUUAAUCUUAAUUGUUUAGAAACGAAAUCAUUUUGUCAAUAAGCGCCCAGUCGUUGUAGAUAAGUUUUACACAGUUUUUUUUAUAGGAGUGAUAACUAUUAUUGUAAAUUUUAUUAUAUCUAGUGUAUAAGGUUAUUUUUAUUGAAUUUUAUCAUUUGUACGAUGUGAUAUUUUAUUACUAUAUGAUUAAGUAGGUGUAAAAAUACAUUCAUCCUAAUUACA